AUGUGGUUCUACGUGACGAUAGGGAUUCUUUUCGGAUAUACUAUAGCACUGAUUGCGUUCUUCAUGGGAUGGUGUACGCUUGUACCGACAAGAUGUCAUCCACGAAAAGAGAUACCAUUCAGCGCAGUGAAAUCGCCACGGCGAAACACGAAAUACAUUGAAAUCGAUUCAGUUUCUUCUAGUACAUCGCUGGAUAUGUUCAAACAAGUACCGCGGAAAUUUUCCGAAGCACAUUCUCAUGCGGUUGCGAAGAAAAUGUCCUUAAAUGUGCCACCAACACCUCAUCGAUAUAACGAUUAUCUUCAUCCAAAGUACUCAUUACCGCCUGUAAAAAUCGAUAUCGGUGAAAUUAGGUGGGAGUACGAGCAACUUCUUCGGACUCCUGGUCGAUCAAUACGUACAAGUAUCAGCCCUAACGGAAAACGAGACGAAGGAUCAAGUUCAUGUCCACAAUUGUAG